GACAUGCUUUACUUCAAGGAAUGAAAUAGGCUUUUAAUAUAACCUGGUUUUAUUUUAUAUUUCAGAAAAUUGACAUCUCUCAAAUAAAAUGUGGCCUAUGGCUUUUAUUAUGAAGAGUCUACRGUGUGUACUUCUUAGUUAUGAAGCUGAGAUCAGAGUGCAAGCUAAUUAUUGACCCAAAGACUUUCUUUACUGUCAGUUCUGUGACCGUGUUCGUGCUCGCUGCUGAAAGUAACUCAUGUUGUAGCAGAACUCUUGUGACCCUUGACACAGCUUUUCAUUUUUAGAGACGUAUUCAAUCAAAAAAUGAGGUAAUUUUUGAAGUGAAAACCACUUGACAUGUUUGGUACAGUAAUAUGAGCACACACAGAUAUGAACCAACCUUUGUGACCGUGUAGUGGGGAGGGGCUGAGUGGUAGCAGACGUACACACAAGGGAGGGAAAGGGAAAAGAAUCAGCCAGUUUGUCAAUGGAUACUGCAGCUCCUGAAGGCGUCCUCGCUGCCUCUCGUUCGUCCUCCCCUCCUGGUCAUAAUGGAGCUCCUGUCAACUGGAAAAGGAUUUAUUAGGUUGAAAAGGAGCGGCUGACUGAUACCUGCAAUCACCUACAAGUAGAUUUCUGUGGCAGCGUGGACUCCUCCAUCAUGCUGAAACACCCUCCUCAUCCCAUUCUCCUCUGGUUAUCCCUCCUGUUGCCGGUGCUCCUUUGGAAUGGGGCGGCCUGUUCUCCUGGGGAGGGCAUCAGCAUCUGGCAACACCUUAAACCGAGUCCCUUCAUCAAAAACCAGUCUUUCCUUCAUGAUGACUUCCCCUCAGGAUUCCUCUGGGGCUCGGGAACCUCUGCUUUCCAAACGGAAGGAGCUUGGAAUCAGGAUGGGAAAGGUGUCUCCAUUUGGGACCACUUCACCCACUCCUCUGUCAGGAGUCAGCUCACUGGCGUGAACGCAGACGUGGCAAGUGACAGCUACAACCACUGGGAGGAAGAUGUAGAAGCACUGGAAUAUUUGGGCGUAGGAUCGUACUCAUUUUCUCUCUCCUGGCCUAGACUUUUCCCUGACGGCGAUGCCACAGGGGAACCCAACGCAGCAGCCGUGGAGCACUACAGCCGCCUCAUAGAGAGGCUCCUGGAAAAGAAAAUCCAGCCCCAAGUCACGCUUUAUCACUGGGAUCUGCCUCAGGUGCUCCAGGAGAAAUACGGCGGCUGGAAGAACGACGCGUUGGUGGGACUUUUCAAAGAGUACGCAGCUUUUUGUUUCCAGACAUUUGGGGGUCGGGUUAAAUACUGGCUCACAAUGCACAAUCCAUACCUGGUGGCAAUGCAGGGGUACGGGACAGGUGUCCACGCUCCUGGAGAAACAGGGGGACUCUCUAACGCUCUAAUUAUUGCCCACAACUUGAUCAAGGCCCACGCCAAAGCAUGGCAGACCUACAACAGCCACUUCCGUCCAACUCAGAGGGGGAAAGUAUCCAUCGUUUUAGGUUCCCACUGGGUUGAACCUCAGAAAGGCCAAGCCACCUCUGCCAAUGUUACACUUUGUCAGCAGUCUAUGGAAGCAGUCCUUGGCUGGUUCGCCAACCCCAUCUUUGGUGAGGGAGACUACCCGGUCUCUCUGAAGUUGAAGCACGCAUCUCUCAUGCCCACGUUCACCCCCGAGGAGAAGCUCUGGGUACAGAAAACAGCAGACUUCUUCGCUUUGUCUUUCGGACCAAACAAUUUUCGACUGGGCAGGAACCUCGUCCAUAACGGGCAGACUAUCACUCCAGACCUGCGACGCCUCCUGAGCUGGAUAAAACUGGAGUAUGGGAACCUGAGCGUGCUGGUGGCUGAAGGAGGCUGGUACUCUGAUUCCAGUGUGGGAAGGGAAGACACAGUGGCCAUUUAUACUAUGAAGCUUUUUAUCAACCAAGUCUUACAGGCUGUCAAACUCGAUGGUGUGCAGGUGUUUGGAUACACAGCCUGGACAUUGGUGGAUGGGUUUGAGUGGAAUUAUGACUACAGUAUUAGACGUGGCCUUUUCUAUAUUGACUUCAAUCAACCAAACAGAACCAGGAUCCCUAAAACCACUGCACAAUACUACAGGCAGGUCAUCACUGACAAUGGUUUCCCCUCUGAUGAAUCCUGCAUCGAGGUCAAAAGUAAUUUUCCCUGCAAAUUUCACUGGGGUAUCGCAGACUCUAUUAUGCAGGUGCGCUUCUUCCCUUUCUCCCCACAGUUUACUGACCCUCAUGUAUACAGCUGGAACCUGACAGGAGACGGAUCGCUGCGUCCGGUCCCUGGGGUGAAGCUCCACACCAGACCAGCUCAGUGCACUGAUUAUUUGGCUAUCCGAAGUCAUCUUCGCCUGUUUGCAUCCACUGGAGCGACUCAUUACCUCUUCGCUCUAAACUGGUCUUUGAUUUUACCCCAAGGAAACCGCUCGAGUGUGAACACUGAAGUUCUGAGGUACUACCGCUGUUUUCUUAUGGAACUCAAGAAACUGGACCUAGAGGCUGUGGUGGUUAUGUACUACCCAACACACAAAGCUCCAAAUAUGGGCCUGCCAGAACUGGUGCAAGCCUCUGGGGGUUGGCUAACAUACAACGCCGUGGAAGCAUUUGAAGAAUAUGCAGCUCUUUGCUACCAGGAGCUGGGUACCUGGGUUCGAUACUGGAUAACCAUCAAUGAGCCAAACAGACUGAUAGAUGUUUAUCCUAACGCAACAGAGAGGCAUCAAGCAGCUCAUAACCUCCUACUGGCUCAUGGAAAAGCCUGGAGGCUGCACGAGAGGGAGUACAGUGAACAGAAAGCUUUGAUAUCCCUUGCAUUACAUGCUGACUGGGCCAAACCUGCCAACCCGUUCCUAGAAUCUCACACAUUGGCAGCAGAAAGAUUCCUUCUAUUUGAAAUUGGACGYUUCUUAGACCCCCUGCUGGGGUCUAGACACGAGGGGAAACAGAGGAAASGGACAUACCCACCUGAGAUGAAGGCAUACUUGGAGGAAAGAGCUAGAAUAUUGCACCUCCCUGGGUCGCCUCUCCCUAAUUUCACUGAUGCUGAGAAAAAAGAGCUGAGAGGAGCAUUGAGUUUUAUCGCCCUGAGUCAUUUUACAACCCGUUUAGUUUCUCCUCUGCCCCCGGCACAGGCCACUUUUCAGAAGAAACACGCCCCCGAUCACGACUGCUUGAUGCUCCGUGACCCCACCUGGCCUUCCUCCAGCGAGCGGCAGGCUCUGGUCCCCUGGGGCUUACGAAAGAUGUUGAACUGGGUGAGCCAGCGUUAUGGAAAAACUCUGCCUGUCAUCAUCACAGGAAGUGGGAUUGAUGAUCCAGCUCCUGUUCAGGAUAAACUCAGACAGCACUACCUCAAGAGUUACCUACAGGAGGCACUCAAAGCUUACCAUCUUGAUCGAGUCAACCUGCAGGGGUUCUAUGUGUGGCGGCUCCAAGACAGACCUUCCCCCUUGUUUGGCCUCUUUACCUCAACACAGCACCAAUCCAAAGCCAAGGCCUCUGUUGCAACGUACAAGGAGAUCAUUACACUUAAUGGCUUCCCCACUAAUAACAAGACAUGGCCAUGCAGCGCUAAGCUGCCCAACGCUUGCUCUACAUGUGCAUGGAUGCACAAGAACAAAGUGAAGCUGGUUUUUGGAGGCUGCGUCCUCAUUACGUCUGUCACGUUGGCUGCGCUUGUUGUCUUUUUUGUCACCAACAAGAGAAAUCGAAGACGAGACAGAAGGAGGCAGAGGAGCAAGCAGAACUGGAGAUCGAGAAAAGGAAUACCACCGUUGUCUUUAUGUCCACCUGUUAAGUGUUAGAGCAGCAGGAAUGACUCAGUGAUGUGUAGCAGAAGCAUGUGGCUUCAUGACGGAGAUUUACCUGAAAUCACUGUCAACUGAAAAUAUUUUCUUUCAGCAAUGUGCCACAUUAAACAUUCUAAAACAUUUAGACAUUUUAGUGAUCACAAAAUAGCAAUGGUUAUGGCAAAUGCAUUUCACUGCUCACUUAUUGCUGUUUUACAAACCUUGAGAAAAAAUAUGGGGUACACAGAAUGUUAUAAAAGAGAGAAGGCAGGAGGAUCUUAUUGUUGAAAGUGCCUGAAAGCUUUAGUAAAAAGAACAUGCCUUCAUUUUAGCAUUAAUGCAAAGUUACCAAUGAUGACAUUCUGUGUAACUGUGAUAUUGUUUAGGUUCAUUCUAACUGUGGAUGGUAUCAGUUUUUUGUAAAGUGUAAGUAAUCUCAACUUAGUCAAACAUGCAUGGAACAAUUGCCUCGCUUUAACUCUCUUUUUAUAGGACAAUAAUGCCACCUAGUGACACCAUGUGCAGCAGUCAUGGAACAAAGAAAUUCUUCCAGUCUGCACCAUACCAGGCUCAUCAUGACGUGUAAAUAAACAUUGUUAUUACAGGACUGUCUUCAGUACAACUAAACAUACCAAAUGCACAUCUAUUUAUAUCUGUAAAGAAUUAGAUGCUUAUCUUGUCUUGCCUCAAGAUUGUAUCUUAAAAGCAUGUAAUUGUUGUGAAAUGUAUAUAAACAGAUGUAGCACGUUUUAUUGGGAUCAUGCAAUGUAAAACUGCUACUAAAUAAAUAUUUGUGUAGAAAUGA